AUGUUCCCAUUCAAUACGCGAGAUUUUUACGAAGCACUUCAAAGGUCAAGGGUACCCGACUUUCCGGUAAGCGAUCAAAGGGACAGCUCUGAGCUGGUCACUGCCCAGAGUACCGGUGCACAAUCCUUGCACAAUCCCAUGGCACUUGAUCUUCUUUUUCGGGAGUACGAGAGUUCGAAUUCUACGCAGGGCGACGCAGAGAAGAAGAACGGAUUACAGAAAUGUCAGAGACAGAAGCCGGUACCUAAACGGAAACGCCUUAUCAACUUCAUCAUCUCCUACAGCACUCCAUCAUCCCUCUACAGCAGCGCAAUAAGAUCCGAGAAUUUGGCUAUCAAGGUCGUCAGAUAUCAUGGGGGACCAGCGGCCAUGCGCAACGUCUUAGGUCUCAUACUACAUCCGUGCUCUAUGGUGGUUUUUGUCGAUCAUCCGCAAGCCGAAGAAGGACGGGAAAUGUAA